AAAUUUGCCUACACGGCCAUCGGUUGGAAAGAAAAUGGAAGAUAUUAUCUCCUUAAUCACCCACAGCGAUUCCCUGGUGUCAAUAAGCCAAUUGACCAAGACGUAUUAGAGGCCUUCGAAAAGCCCGAGCCCGUUCCUUUCAACCACAUAUGGGGAAAAUGGCAUGCCGGACUUACAGAUGCUCCCAGUCCUCUUCCCGGCGAUGUCUAUGUGAAGUCGCCCACUUUCGUCGAAUGGAACGGUACCGACUUCAUAGGCAAAGCUUUUCUGAUGGAGGCAGAACUAUGGGAGCACUUCAAGAAGUUGCCGCACCCCAACAUAUGCACAUAUUACGGGUGCGUGCGCGACUCCACCGGCACCUUGGUAUCUGGCCUCUGUUUCAAGAAAUACAGAUACACACUGUAUGAGGCCAAUAGGAAUGUAAUCGACGGCUUCAAUAAAGAUUCCGCCAUCCGGGAUAUCCGGAGCGGACUCGAACACAUCCACUCCUUGGGAUACGUGCACAACGACUUGAAUCCCGCAAAUAUCAUGUUCGACGACGACCAUGUGGCGGUCAUCAUCGACUUCGGCUCGUGCGCGAGGGAGGGGGAGGAUAUGGGUUACAGCGGUGGUACAUUUGGGUGGUCGAACAAUGCGAGGGUAUCAAAGAGAGAGAACGAUUUCUAUGGGCUGCGCUUGAUUGAGAGGUGGCUCGCCGGA